UAUGUUCAUACAAAUAUUUACACAUGUAAAGUUUGCUGAAAAUAAACGCAGUUGACAGUGAGAGGACAUUUAUUUUUUUGCUGAGUUUAUUUCUAUAUUGAUCCGUGUUUAUGGUUAUGCAUCCUUCUGCUUCUAUUUUCUUCCUUUCCAAACUGGGAAAACUCUUCAUCAAGCAUGUUCCACUUUUGCUAAUCAGCAUGGCUUUGCAUACUGCUUGGUUAAAAAAAAGUUUCCGUACUUUCUAAAUGUACGAAAAGUAUUUCCCUAAUGCCCUAAAAGCAAUCCUUGCAUCUCAUGAUUAACCUGUAAUUGACCACUAGAGGGUCUUCCUCACAAGCCCCAAGGAGUGUCUAAACUCCACCUACCCAUUAACAAACUAAGUUAGUGAUGCACUAGAGCUUUUGUAUAAUUUUUUCCAGUAGUUUUGUAAGUAGUGCUCGAGUCAAAAACGUGUACUUGAGCAUUGCGUACUACGUCAUCCAUUUCGUAUGAUAUGUUACGUCCUGCAUAAAAUAUGUUACAAAUUCCAAUUCGUACAAUAUUUUAAAUGUAUAAGCGCUGAAGAUCCUGGAUUGCAUCUUUAACUCUCCAUUAUUAUUUUUUUGUUACAUUUUUAUUGUAGAAUACAUUUUUUUUUAGAUGGUAACUAAUCAAGUUGUUCUUAUAACUAUCCCAAUACCAAUAUGUGUUUACGCAUAUGGAAAAUGAUUCUCGCAUCUUUGUCAAAACAAUAGUUGCUCGGGAACAGUAUCUGAUAACUCCCCCUUUAAUACAACAACCUACAGCCCUGAUGGUAUGUGAAAGAGGAACAGUCCUCUAUCUCUUGACAUUUACACAGGAUAAGACCGCAGCCACUAAGACCGAGAGGGAGAUAGACAGGAGGAAGUGACCGAGAUAUUUCACAAGCUGCAAAGACCACCCAACAGUGGUAGAGACUGAGGGCACCUGGUGUUUGACUCCAAAGAACAUUUUGUUUGGGAUUACAACUAGUAUGGCUGCUUGGGAUCUGUCUGUGACAGUGGAGGAGCUUGGCCCUGAGGCCACACCCUUCAAAGUUAGCGUGACCUCAGACCUGCACAUUGGUGGUGUCGUACUCAGAAUUGUGGAGAAGACACAGAUAAAGAAGGACUGGUCAGACCAUGCCCUGUGGUGGGAGCAGAAGCAGCAGUGGCUGCUCCAACUAUCCUGGACCCUUGAGAAGUAUGAGAUCCAUGCCGAUGCUCGCCUGAGCCUCACCCCCCAGCACAAGCCCCUGAGACUGGGCCUACCCAACGGGACCACUCUGAGGCUUCAGGCCUGCUUCUCUCGUCCAGUCUUCCAAACUGUUACGGGGGUCUGUCGUCUGCUGAACAUGCGUCACCCAGAGGAGCUGUCGUUGUUACGGCCAGUGGAGGAGAAGAAAAAGAAGAAGAAAGACACGGAGGAGGAAGUGGCAGUAUAUGAUCUAACAAGCCUUGGGAUCUCAUCAGGUCCAGCUCACACCCUGUCCAAUGGCAUGCCUGUGCACUUUGCUGACUCACCCCAGACUGAGGCUGUGUAUAAGAUGUUGUCUGUCAGCCUACCUGCUCCUGAGACUAUCACCAAGAUGCCCCGUCCCACCAGCCUUGUGGACAAGGCCCAAGUUCACAGCAGAUGGCUGGAUUCGUCUCGUUCUCUGCUCCAACAGGGAGUGCAGGAGCAUGACAGGCUGCUGCUACGCUUCAAAUACUACUGUUUCCAUGACCUGCAGCCCAAGUAUGAUGCGGUCCGUCUGACCCAGCUGUAUGAGCAGGCUCGCUGGGCCAUCUUGUUGGAGGACGUUGGCUGCACAGAGGAAGAGAUGAUGCUCUUUGCUGCCCUUCAGUACCACAUUGGUAAGUUGUCUCUGUCAGAGCCCCAGCUGAUGACAUCAUGUCCUUCCAUGGAUGACCUUGACUCCGCCCUUCAGUGUUUGGAGGUGAAGACGGAUGCAGAGGAGAGCAGUGCUGAAGACAUGCUGGAAACAAUGAGGGUAGCACCAGAGCUGCAUGACUACUUGAAAAUCUUCAGACCAAAGAGACUGACACUAAAGGGCUAUAAGCAGUUCUGGUUCACGUUCAACAACGCGUCCAUCUCCUACUACAAGAGUAAAGAGGAGAGCCUCAAGGAGCCCGUUCAGCAGAUAAACCUCAAAGGCUGUGAGGUGGUCCCAGACGUUAGUGUGGCCGGUCAGAAGUUCUGCAUCAGGCUGCUGAUCCCUGGGGCUCAGGGCAUGAAUGUGGUCUGCCUGCGCUGUGAGAAUGAGCUGCAGUACAGCAGGUGGAUGGCAGCUUGCCGUUUAGCCUCCAAGGGGAAGACCCUAGCAGACAGCUCCUUCUCUAAUGAGGUGCAGAAUAUCCAGUCCUUCCUGGCCAUGCAGCGAACCACCCCCAGGGUCAAUGCUGCUCAGACUGAUGACAGCAUCAACACACACGGCCUUGUAUCCCCACGCUACCACAAAAAGUACAAGUCCAAACAGCUAACUCCGCGCAUCCUGGAUGCCUAUCAGAAUGUGGCCCAGCUCCCUCUAACAGAUGCUCUCCUCAGGUUUCUUCAGAUCUGGCAGGCUCUACCUGAGUUCGGGGUGUGUUAUUUUGUGGUGAGGUUUAAGGGAUGCCGUAAAGAUGAGGUCCUCGGCGUCACCAACAACCGUCUCAUCCGCAUUGACCUCAGCACAGGAGAUGUGGUGAAGACGUGGAGAUACAACACCAUGAAGCAGUGGAAUGUCAACUGGGAUAUCCAACAGGUGGCCAUCGAGUUCAAUGGCAAUGUGAACAUUGCCUUCAGCUGUGUGACUGCUACCUGCAAGAUUGUGCACGAGUACAUUGGGGGCUACAUCUUUAUGGCCACACGCACCAGAGAGCAGACAGAGGUGUUGAACCAGGAGCUCUUUUACAAGCUGACUGGUGGUCAUGAAGCCCUCUAAAUAUCCAUGAGAUGAAGAUCUGGAACUCCCUUUAUGGUUUCAUGAUACUGUCAUAGACAGCUAGCUGGUCUAGCUGGUCUGACCAGCAUGGUCUAGCUGGUUAUGCUUGUUGUCCAGCAUGGUCUAGCUGGUCUGACCAGCAUGGUGUAGCUUGUUAUCCUGGUUUACCAGCAUAGUCUAGCUGAUUACCCAUAUGGAAAAGAAUCAUGAAAAUCAAAUAAGAAUCUUGUAUGGCAGAAGAAGAGUAUUUGUACCAAUAUCUAGUAAGUUAUCUAAUAAGGAUCUGGUAAGAUUUUGUAUGUUUUUCCUUAUAUGUCAGUGAUGUACUUGUAUACAGUGCCUUGCGAAAGUAUUCGGCCCCCUUGAACUUUUCGACCUUUUGCCACAUUUCAGGCUUCAAACAU